UGCACGUUGUUGUGCAUAUUUGGAGUGAAGCGAAUGUAGUGGUUAGGAGCUUUUGAGUUGUUUUUAUUUACUUUUGCAUGGAGUGCAAGUUGGACUUAGCAGAAUUUAUUUUCUAGGGCUGUAAUCUAUUUUGUUUUUACCUUUUCUAUAUAUAGUAAUUCAGGAAUCAUUACAUUGCUAUUCACGAUGUCCCAACAGCGGGAUGUUAUCGAGCAGCAAGGGCCCAACCAAAUUGUGCGGAUACGAAGUGACAGUGGUACAAACUUAGAUGAUCUUUUUAAGGCUGUAAUGGAACCUAAAGGAAACCAGGUUCAUCAAAGUAUUCCUAUGCGACUUCGUAAUCUGCCACCGUCAUUUUUCCAACAGCCUGAGAGAGGAUCUAAGUCGGCAUCUCAUAGCAGAGAAUCCAGCACUGAUAAUACUUACUCUAGCCCGCCACCUCAGCCACUGUCACCGAACAACAAUAGCAGUAGUAAUAAUGUAAAUACGAGUAGUAAUCAAGGUAAUAACAAUAACUCUGUGAGUUCUCCACCACCGCAACAUCCUAGUGGGCUGCCAAUUAAUCAUCCCAGGGCCCAUUCUUCUCCCGCAUCACUUCAGCAAACAUACACAAAUGCAGGCCAACAUCAACAUUUGCGACAGCAGAGUUACGACAUUACAGAUAGUAUACCACUUCCUUUAGGCUGGGAAAGAGCGAAGACUGCAACAGGGCAAUUGUAUUUCCUCAAUCAUUUGACAAAAACAACAACAUGGGAGGAUCCACGUAAAAAGUUGAGUCUUGGAUCUCUCUCCAACUCUUCAGGGAUCACUUGCUCCAGUCCAAGCACAAGCCCAGCAUCAUCUAUUUUAAAUAUUCAGAAUUUAGGGCCUCUGCCGGAGGGCUGGGACCAAGCUACAACAGCAGAAGGCGAAGUUUAUUACAUAAACCAUAAAACUCGUACCACAAGUUGGUAUGAUCCCAGAAUUCCUAUACAAUUACAACAGCCCCCUCUGGUGCCAAUCUUAGGUUAUGGUUCUGUGACUGGUCAAAGUCAAAGCCCUGUGUCAUUGUCUGGGCAGCAGACUCAGUCAUCUGUUGUUACAUCAGGCUCUGGGGCAUCUGUCUUGCCUACUUUGAGUAGCCAGACUUUGCAGCAGCAACAACAAAACUUGCGAUUGCAGAGACUACAGAUGGAACGAGAGCGACUCCGCCUUCGCCAGCAGGAGAUAUUAAGAGAGACUUCCUGUUAUGGAAAUCCUAUGCUUAAUGUGAGUGCAAUAUUUAUCAUUUGCAGUUAUGCAUUCAGUUUUAAAUUGGUCACUUAAAAGAACAGGAGCAUAAAUAAUAAAAUAAUUGGAAUG